UUCGCUUUCCUCACCACUUGCCGGCCAGACUCGUUUCUGGCUGCACGUGGGCCCUUCCUGCUCACCUGUCGUGCUUUCGCUGCCCUGUCUUCACCAUGGCAGGCUCCUAUUGUGCCCUGCUGCCUGCCGCCCUCCUGCUGCUCCUCGCCUCCCCUCUUUAUGGAAACUACAUUCUCACGACGCCCCGGCAAACCAUCAGUGAACACGAGCAGCAGCUGUGCGUGUUCGUGACUGACCCCGCGGCCCCGGUAGGCGUUCUUAACGUCUCCCUCUCCAUCUGGGACAGCAGCAAGCUUCCUGAGAACAGAAACCAGACUAUUUUCCAAGAGAUUAUAGACAUUCCGUCAGGCAAGUACGAGAAAUGCCACAACCUGAAGAUACCAGUCUCAGAGGGGUACAGCGGCAACCUGCACAUCAAGGGCAACCUGAGCGGCCUCAAGCUGAACGACACGCUGAGUCUCAGCAUCCGCCGGUCCAGAGAAAAGACUUUCAUCCAGACGGACAGGUACAAGUACCGGCCCGGGGAGAAGGUGCAGUUUCGCAUCCUGACAAUCACCGGCAACAAGAUGGAGGUGUCCACGAGGGAUUAUCCCGAGAUUUGGGUCACCACGCCCUCCCGCAACAGGAUAGCCCAGUGGAAGAACGUCAGCAACAGCGAGGGGCUGGUCCACCUUGACUUCCAGCUAGCUGACGAGCCCGAGGAGGGUUCCUACAUCAUCCACCUCAAGAGGCCGCAAGGGGAAGCCUCACAGAGUUUCCGGGUGGAGGAGUUCGUGCUACCGCGCUAUGAAGUCACGAUCAAGCCCCCAGCGUACAUCCUGGGCACGGCUGAGAACUUCACCUUCACCGUGUGCGCCAACUACACCUUCGGUCAGCCGCUGAAGGGCAACCUCUCCUUCAACAUCCACAACAACCAGGACAGGAAGUGCCGCGUCUCACAAACCACCAACACCACCAUCCACGGAUGCAGCGACAUUGUGGUGUCAGCGGAUGAGAUGCGGAUCAUGGACUGCAACGUGUACUCUGUCCGCGCCUCCGCCCUGAUAGAGGAGGAAGGCACCGGCGUGCAGAUGACGGCCUCACAUAGUACCUCCAUCACUCGCUCUGCUGUCACUUUCAAAAGUCUGUACAAGGACGAGUUCAUGAAGCCCAACCUUCCCUACAGCGUCAAGCUACGCGCCGAGUUACCUGAUGGCACCCCAGCAGCAGACGUGCCAGUGGAGGUGUGCGCCGCAGGAUGCUGUACUAACGACACCACCGCACCAAACGGAAUUCUGAACAUUGUCCUUCCUAACUUCAACUCUUACAGUGUCCUGGUGAAGGCCCUCAACUGCCGCGCCGGUAUGAGGUCCUCGGAGUACACGGACCGCAUCCAGCAUUACUUCUCGCCCUCCAACUCCUCAUUGCUCAUCAUCGCGCCGGAGGACAAGCUGGAGUGCUCGCCCAAAGCUCCCAGUAAACACGUGCUACCAGUGCUCUUCUCCGCCCGCGACCAGCCCACCGCGGCCAUCACAGUGCAGAUCGUGUCUCGUGGCCAGAUCCAGCACUCCGCCACGCAGGAAGUCACGCUGACAACCGGUGACCUUCCCUUCGAGGUGACGCACAUGGUGGAGCCCCUGCCGGACCCCAUCGAGGGCACCGUUCGAGGCCUCGUGAACCUGGAGAUCACUCUGCCCCCGACGGCUUCCCCAAGGGCUAAGGUGCUGGUGUGGUACACGCGUGCUGACGGCGAGGUGGUGUCGGACAUGCGCGAGCUGGAAGUGGACCGCUGCCUGGCUAACAACGUGUCCAUGAGUUGGUCCACGAAGAAGGCACAGCCUGGCGAGACAGCCUCCUUCACGUUGAAUGGGGAGCCUAACUCCGUCUGUAGCGUGGGUGUGGUGGACAAAAGCACCGAGCUGCUUGCCAGAGACCCAGACCCAAUCACCCUGCAGAGACUCUUCAAUUUCGUGGACGGCUUUACCAUCUACAAGUGGAGCAGGUCUCAGAUCAACGACCGUGAAUACUGCAACAGGCGCAAGAGACAAGAGGAGCAAGCAAAGGGUGGAUCAUCUCCUCGAGAUAUCAUACCCUACUUCUACGGCUACUACACCAGCUACGUGGACGCCAUCAGGAUGUUUUCAGACGCCGGUCUCUAUGUACUGACGGACCUGACAGUGGAGACGCGCCCAUGCGAAAAAGAGGAUUACCAAGUGCACUAUGGAUUUGGCGGUGUACCUGGCGGCGGCGCAGUUGCAUUUGACCGCCCAAUACCAGCCGCCGCACCCCCCCAGGCUCUCGGGGCUGCCUUUGCCGAGGGUGCCCUCGACGAUAACAUGGAGGAUAUUGAACACAAAACCACCAGCGAGACUACUGAGGAGGAGGCUCCCAGGACCAAUUUCCCCGAGACGUGGCUGUGGGACAUCAUGGUGGUGCCAGAAAACGGAACACGGAAGGUGGACCAGACUCUGCCGGACACUAUCACCCAGUGGGUGGGCAAGGCGGUGUGUGUCCACCCUCAGGCAGGCGUCGGUCUGUCCCAGAGGGAGUCGAUCACCACCUUCACGCCUUUCUUCGUUGAUCUCACACUCCCGCCGACAGUCAAACGCGGAGAAACCCUGCCCGUGAAGAUGUCUGUAUUCAACUACCACGGCAAAGAUCUGCCGAUAAGCAUCACGUUGGAGGACAGCGUCGAAUAUGACAUCCUGGAGGAACCCGAGUCACCUGGGGUGAGAGGCAAGCGCAGUGCCUGCAUUCCGGCCAAUGACAAAGCAGUGCUGACAGUGCGCGUCACUCCUAAAGUGAUUGCUGACGUGAACUUGACAGUGUCUGCCGCCGUGGAUGCCACGGACUUCCCUGCUUGUGGUGAGGCGGCAAACUCUCCACAGAGAAGGGAUGCCUUGGUACGGCCUAUCAAGGUGGAGCCAGACGGCUUCCCGAGGGAGAAGACUUUCACCAAGUACAUCUGUUCUGAAGACUUCAAGAGUGGCACGGAUUCACUGGAGUCGUGGAACCUCGCACUGCCCCCAGAGUUUAUAGAGGGAACCACCGAGCGAGGCUUCGUGGAGGGAUCUGAACGUGGAUGGGUAACCGCCGUGGGUGACCUUCUGGCUCUCUCUCUCGAGAAUUUGGGUCACCUUAUCCGGAUGCCAUACGGCUGUGGCGAGCAGAACAUGCUAAACUUCGCCCCGAACAUUUUCCUGUUGGACUACCUGGAGACCACGCGCCAAGCCACACCUGAGGCCACCGCCAAGCUAAUGCGCUACAUGAACACUGGUUACCAGCGGCAGCUGCUCUACCGGAGAAACAAUGGUUCCUACAGUGCCUUCGGGAAUGCUGACGAAUCCGGAUCAACUUGGCUGACUGCUUUUGUCCUAAAGUCCUUUACGCAGGCAAAGAAAUACAUCCAGGUUGAUGAGGAAAAGCUAAACCAGACACGGCAAUGGCUGUUAAGCCAGCAGGGGAAGGAUGGCUGCUUCACUGCUGUCGGCAAGGUGCUGCACAAGAGCAUGCAGGGCGGCGUAAGUAACAGCAAGACCCCAGCGCCUCUCACAGCCUACGUGCUGGUGUCAUUGCUGGAGGGUGGGGAGCAACCAACAGCUCCACCUCUUGACAUGGCCGCCCAGUGCCUCAAUGGUGUGUCCUCCCGCCAUCCAUACACCCUGGCCCUUAAAGCUUAUGCCAUGGCCCUCGCUGGCCGUCCCGAGGCAGCUGACGUCCUGACGGAGCUGGAGAGUAUAGCCAACGUUACUUCAAACUCCAUGUAUUGGAAGCUGCCUGAAAGCAGGACCAGAGCUGCUGCCGUGGAGGUGGCGGGAUACGCCAUCCUAGCCAUGAUGACCCUCAACCCAGAGACCUACGAGCCCAAGGCGAGAAAGGUGGUGAAGUGGAUCACCACACAGAGGAACGGCCAAGGAGGCUUCUAUUCCACACAGGACACCGUGGUGGCUAUGCAGGCGCUGACUCUGUUCGAGAGUCACCGUUACCAGGGUCCUCUCAAUGUAGUCGCCUCCGUCAGCGCUGAAGGUCUCGAGCAUUCUUUCACUGUGAAUGACGACAACAAGCUGCUGCAACAGCUGAAAACGCUGCCUACACUGCCAACUCAAGUGAACCUCACCAUGACAGGCGAGGGAUGUGCCGUGCUGCAGGGCGUCCUCCGCUACAACAUUCCCAAUCCCGAGCCGAGUGAUGCCUUUGACCUCACUGUCAACACCAAUACAGUACCCGACCGCCUGUGCGUCACCAAGCGCAUCACCGCCUGUGCCUCCUACCGCCUUCCUGACGGCGCCUCCAACAUGGUGGUCAUAGAGGUAGACCUGAUUUCAGGUUAUAUCCCGGAUAAGAUUGACCUCAAGGAGCUCAUCAAGCAGGACAAGAACAUCAAGCGUUACGAAGUGGACGGCAGCAAGAUCAACUUCUACAUAAAUGAGUUGAGAGAGAGGGACACCUGUGUGAACUUCAAAGUGACGCGAACCGUGGACGUGGAGGACGUGAAACCCGGCACAGUGGUGGUGUACGACUACUACCAGGAGGAGUUCUCCAUCUCCAUGAGGUACACGCUGCCACCAAACGACGAGUGCCGCUAAGAAACCUGAAGGCGAAGAUGACAGGUGGCUCCGUGUACGCCGACAGUCGUGACGAGGGCCGCUACCACAGCCUGCAGCUUCGCCUCCCCGCCACAACCACUACACAAACUGCUGUCUUGUCAUCUGUUGCCUGUUUUAGGAACUAUUUUCACAUAGAUUCACAAAAACUUCUCACGUAGAAAAUCCUUUUAUGUUGUUGUUUCACUGUUUUCAAAGGAUAUUGAUGUGGUUAUUCCUAUUCUGUUGUAGUUUCUUUUUUUUCCUUGUUCAAAGAUCUGUUAGAUUCUUUUAUCAAUUUUUUUUUUUUUUUUUUUAUCGUGUAGUCACAAUGUGAGACGCUGUACAAGGUUUUAGUGUUGUAACUAAUAAAGUCUUAACAUAAUUUCUUAAA